GCAUUUUAAAUCGUGAAAUAAAACCACUUGCUAAAUGUACAUAUUAUGCAAUAACAAAUAUUAUUUUCGCGAAACUGCGGGUGAGAGUUCAAGGGUUGUGUUUUCAUGUUCAACGGUAAACAUGGCGGAGACUGAGCAGUCGUCAGGCUCCUCCCAUGAGGAUGACAAGCUUCCCAGUCCUGUCAAUUUCAGCUACAUAGUGCCAAAGAAGGAGAUUAGCAUGGUGCCUGAUAUGGGAAAAUGGAAAAGAUCACAGGCAUACGCAGACUACAUGGGAUUCAUUCUGACCAUGAAUGAGGGCGUGAAGGGAAAGAAACUGACAUGUGAAUACCAGGUGUCUGAGACAGUGGAGAAGUUGCUUGCUAUGUUGGGAACAUUGGAUUGCUGGAUUGAUGAGACGCCACCAGUAGACCAGCCUUCUCGCUUCGGCAAUAAAGCUUACCGCACAUGGUAUGCCAAACUGGAGCAGGAGGCAGAGACACUGGUCACGACCGUUCUGCCAUCAGACCGUCAUGAUGCUGCUCCAGAGAUAGCCGUGUACCUGAAGGAGUCUGUGGGCAACUCCACCAGGAUCGACUAUGGCACAGGUCAUGAGGCGGCAUUUGCUGCGUUCCUCUGCUGUCUCUGUAAGGUGGGAGCUCUGCGCAUUGAGGACCAGCUGGCCAUCGUAUUUAAGGUUUUUGAAAAGUAUCUGCGAGUGAUGCGCAAACUGCAGAAGACAUAUAGGAUGGAGCCGGCGGGGAGUCAGGGUGUGUGGGGCCUUGACGACUUCCAGUUUCUUCCCUUCAUAUGGGGGAGCUCACAGCUUAUAGACCACCCAACCCUGGAGCCCCGACACUUUUUGGAGGACAAGGCCGUAAACGAGAACCACCAAGACUACAUGUUUCUGGAGUGCAUUAAAUUCAUCAAUGAGAUGAAAACAGGCCCUUUUGCUGAGCACUCAAAUCAGCUUUGGAACAUCAGCGCUGUUCCUUCUUGGUCCAAAGUAAAUCAAGGUCUCAUACGAAUGUAUAAAGCGGAAUGUCUAGAAAAAUUCCCCGUCAUCCAGCAUUUCAAGUUUGGCAGCCUGCUCUCCAUCCAGCCAGUCAAACCAUGAGAGACAACAAAAAGAAUUAGCACCUUGUCAGAGAGUACAACCAAAACUCUGACUUUGGACAAGAGCGCUUCAGUCAUGUUAACAAAGCUCAAUAUGCAUUCUCUUCACCAGAGGUGCUUGGUCUUACUCCUGUAGAUCUACUUUCCUGGAGAGUUUAGUCCUAAACCUAUUCUAAUACAUCCUAUCCUAAAAUAUUUAAGUGAACCUAAAGACCUUGAUCAUCUGGUCCUGGAGUAUUUGAAUUGAGUUGAGCUAAACUCUGCAGGACGGUAGAUCUGAACACCACUGCUCUUCACGAUCUACUAGUUGUGCAUAUGAAAUCACACUUCUGAUAUUCCUCCUAGUGAUGCAGUUUGUCUUUAUGGUUUUAUUUAUCUAUUCCCUGCAAGCAGGAAGUUGAACUGCUACUAAGACACCUGUAGUGAGCACUCUCAACUCAGAUAUGCACAUAUACAUUUUCAUCUGGAUUGGCAUUUAUAUUUAUUUAUGUGUAUAUAAAGAUCAGAGCUUGUCACAAUGAAUGGUUGAAGGCUUGGUUUUGGUUUAAUGGAUUCCAUUUCCUGUGUGCAAAGAUUUGAGGCCAAUGAACAAUAAUGUGCGUUUGUGUGUGUGCGCGGGUGUUGGUGAGUUUAUGGAGCAAAAAGCACUUCUUGACUAUCUUGCUGUUCAGUUAUCAAAGAUUGCUGAGGCGUGUUUUUGCUGUGAAUGGUUUUGAUGAGUGUCAUUUUUAUGUAAGACAUUUAUAAGUUGUCAACCACUUCAGUUUUACAAUUUUGGCUGUGCUUAUGUCUUUCAUAUUCAUUUAACUGAAAAUAGGACAAGUAAUUGGUUUAUAAAAAUGUCAAAAAGGCUUAUCCCUUAUAGUUUGUAAGCAGCCACAUGUAGCUAAUACCAUAGUCUUCCGUUGCUAAAUGAAAGCAAUGAAUUUGGAUCCACCAGUUCGGCAUUAUGCUAAAUCAGUCAAGCAUUUUUGAUUUCUAAACUUUAUUCUGUGUAAAUAAAUGGUUUCAGUUUGCUUCAGGAGAUGGUAUCAUUUAAAGAACAGGUUACAUGCAUGUUAAAAUUACUGAAGUAUUAGUGCAAAGCUUUUGUUACUCAAAUGCAGUAACUUGAUGCUGUUAGAACCCAACGAAACAUCUAUACAUUGAUAAACGUGUCCUGGAUUGACAAUGAAAUCAUUUUGAAAUGAGAGGCACAUUACAAACCGUAUUUAGUCCUGGGCUACUUUUCUGGUUUAAGCAAACCAGUGUUUUUGUUUAUCAUGGGUUAAUAUGGAAUGAACAGACCUGGAUUGACUUUUCCUAAAAGCUUUGUAGGCGUAAGUAGAUCAUGCAAACCACUGGCAUCAAUGGUCUCAAGAUCUACUUAGGAUUACAGUGCUUUUAGGAAAUGCAGCCCUACUAGGUGUUAUAUGUUGCAAAACAAUUCCUUUAGCUUGGAUGCUAGCAGCUGGUUGCAAAGAAACUUUGUGACAAUUCAUUUGUAAUCAUAACUUAAUGGUUUGCUUAGUUUAAGGGGUUUGUUGUGACCAACCUCAAAUUAAGUGCCUUAAUUUCACAAGACUAACCAUUGUCAAAAUAGUGUCUUAAAAUGGGCUUUUUGAGUUACUAGUAUUUAAUAAAAAUGUUUAAAUUUUUGAGAUGCA